AUGUCCGUGCUUGAUGCCUUCUUCAGCAAGGGCGCCUUCAAGGCUGCUAGAUGGUGAUUCAUUCCCUCUGUGUUUAUCUGUCUCUCUGAUCUGUUCUACUUCUUUUUCUGAUCUGAUGUCCGGCUUUAAUUGAACGUUCAAGCUAAUUUGAAGUUUUCAUGUGAUCUGGUUGUGAUGUCGGUGAAGGGGAUUUCGCCUUUCUAUUCCUAUGAGUGGGGUCAAAUCUGAUGCGCUUAUUGGGGAGUUUAAUUUCUUGGUUCUGUCAUGGUUGAUUGUUGCAGUAAGACACUGCUGAAGCUGACGAUACCGAGAAUAAAGCUGCUUCGCAACCGGCGGGAGAACCAGCUGAAACAGAUGCGUCGGGAUAUUGCGAAGCUCCUCGGGUCGGGCCAGGAGGCCACCGCGCGCAUUCGUGUAUGGAUUGUUGCCAUUUAGCCUGCUGCUACUUUAUUUGGGGUAGAAAUUGAAACACUACUGUAUCCUGUAUCUGAAGAUGUGUUUUGUUUCUUAUCCUGGUGGAGAAUUGCAGGUGGAGCAUGUUAUCAGAGAAGAAAAUAUGAUGGCAGCCCAGGAGAUCCUUGAGCUUUUUUGCGAGCUCAUUGCUGUCCGUCUUCCCAUUAUUGAAAUCCAGAGGUAUGCCAAACUCUGCGGAUCUGUGCUUAUUAAUUUGCCAUCCUGAUUGAAAGGUAAAAUUGCACUUCUCGUGGAUGCAUUGUUUUGCAUGGCACCCAUCAGAUGUGAAAGCCAGUUGAAUUCAGUCAAUACUAAGACAGCAUUUGCUUCUUUCUUCAUAACUAUGAUACAUUCUUUAAUACACAAAACAAGAAGGUUACAUGAGCUGGGCAACCACAUUUGUUCUAAAGUAGUAAUCGAUCUUUAUGGCCUUUAACCUUAAGUUCUGAUUAAAGAAAAAUAAGUGUGCUUGAAAUGGACCCUUAAAGUUGUAUAGCUGCGAAUUUGCUGAAGGUUACGAUAGAAAGUGGAGAGGAACCAACUGAGAUGUACAUCAAGACGCUCUAACCAUCGCAUAUCAAAUGAAAGGAAAAAGGGUCGAUGUAGGAUGCUUUGCCCCCAGCAGAUAUUUCGUUUGCCAGAAGUAAAAUAAAACUAAUCAAUUUACUGUAACAUUUUUCACCUGUUGAUGUGUGCAACAACCAAGAGGUUAAAGGGUAUGCAUAUUUGCAAGUCCAUUCUGUCUCAUGUAGGUGAUUUUGGAUCAAAAUGGAACCAGACGUUUAUGUUUGAGCUGUACAGAGACGUUUACGUGAGCUUUUUGAAUGUUCAAUUCCUGUGAGCACCAGUUUUCAUUCUCUUAUUAUCAUUGAUUAAGGGUAAACAAUCAGACGUUCCUAUUCCUGUACGAUUUGAAUCCGAAUAGAAAAGUUAUUGCCAAUCUGUGUCUGAUUACUCCCUGAACCAGUGUCAACAAAUCCUCCCUUGACAUCUUUUUUCAUAAUAUCUGCAUGAAUUUUCAAUACCAAAAUGGAAUGUCCAUUCGAAAUUAUCCUUUUUCUACUUCCUCAUCUGUUUUGAAGGUCUUACCAUUGAUAAAUUAAUAAAAGAUGUCACAACUCAGUUGUCUGACAUCUACAUGUUUAGUCAAGCACGUCAUGCCAUCAAGACUCAUACGUCAGAGAUAGUGUUUAAUUGAAAUCUUCAAGAAUACAGGCGCCAAAGUAAUCUAGAUCCCACGUAAUAGACUGAGAUGUGAUCCACAAUAUGGAAGGAAGUCUCCCUACGUCCUUUCCUCUUCCGAACUCGCAAUUCCGAAGCACAUUGGAAUGGUUCACUGUGGUUUGUAUGCAAGAGAGAUUAUCACAUGCAUAGAUGUAAUUUUAAUUUUCGGAAUUCUAAGGGCACAUUCAAUCAAUGUUCUUCACUUGAUAUAAGUUCCUGGUUUCUACCACCUUCAGAAGACAGCUUUUCUGUGGUUGCAUUAUAGAACUAUCUCUUGUUAUACUGGAUAAUAAAAAAGGUCAAAGAAGGGGAAAAGUCAAGCGUUUCUGCAUGUUAUACCCAUCUCUCUGAGCCAACAUAUAUAUCUUCGUUCGCAUGUGAGUUACGUCCUGUGCCACAUUUAUCCACGAGAAUCGAUGUGAUCAGCAAUUAGGUUCAGAGGUAUUUCAUUUCUCCUGCUUUGCCUCAGUGUGGAUUCCGACUUGCAUGCCAAUACAUGGUAAGAUAAAGACAAUGUUGAUUACAUUUUUUUUUUCUAACAUCAGUUACUCACUCAUUCCAGGAAAAAGCAGAGAAACAGAGCUAUUACAUACUUGUAGAAAUCGGAUUGUUUUAAUCGUCAUUCAAUUGAGUCCUACCCAUGGUUUUCUAGGUUACUGAGCCAAUGAAAGCCUCCUCACUGCCUAAAUUUAACUACAUUACGAAUAAUUAAAUAUAAGAAAAUAAUUUUUCAACAUAAAAAUUCAGAUAAGGGUACACAAUGUGUUUGAAAAAUGUAUUAACUCUCAUUAAUAAAUCUUCAUAAAACUGAUAUUCAUGCUUGUUCAUGGGAAUGCAUUCAGAAUGCUUUGCUUGCCUCGAAGACAGUGCACCUACCAAAUGCUAGAGGAAAUCCACGAUCUGAGAUGCAUUUUCUUUAUUUCAUUUCCUUUUUUAUUUCGUUUACACUUUCUCAGAAAACUGAAAAAUACUCUUUUUCGAUUUAUUUUUUUUAAAUUCAGAGAAUGCCCUCUGGACCUAAAGGAGGCAAUAUCCAGCGUGUGCUUUGCAGCACCAAGGUGUGCCGACCUGCCCGAGCUUCAGCAGGCCCAGACGAUGUUUGCUGCCAAAUAUGGCAAGGAAUUUUUCACUGCGGCCACAGAACUGCUCCCCAAUUGUGGGGUAAAUCGCCAGGUUGCCUCAGCAUCUCGUCUCGGUUUCAGAAGUAUCAACUUCUCUUGAACAUGAAAACCCCAAUGUUCAUCCUCCUCAUUCUCUAAUUCAUACCCUUUUCUGGUCAUGAUUCUCUGCAGAUUAUAGAACUGCUGUCUAUCCGGGCCCCACCCAUUGAGGUGAAACUCAGGCUGCUGAAGGAGAUCGCCGAAGAGCACGAAGUUGAUUGGGACCCAUUCGAAUCCGAGACCGAAUUCCUGAGGCCUCAUGAAGAUCUACUAGUGAGCUGAAGAACGAUUUCCCCAAUUACAUCAAAUUAAUCAAUUUUGAGUGACCCUGACGCUAUUUAUAAUCUCAGGAUGGACCCAAUCAUUUGAUCCUCCCUGCAGCAAGAGACGUAGCGCCGCCAACUCCCAAAGAACAGGCCGAGUCUGAUUCUGAGGCGGGCUUUGACUUUCUGGACCUUCCGGACGUCCCCAGAGGAGUUGUCCCAUUUCCUGACGUGGGAUCCGAUCAUGAAUUCAGAAGAUCCAACACUUCCCCGACUGAAGAUGAUGCGUCGGCGCCCAAGAGUUUAGAUCCUGGGCCUUUGAACCUCCAUCCUCCCAGUGGGGGGCAGUUCCUCCCAUUCAUUGCGCCGCCACCACAGUUGCCUGGGUUCCCGGCGGAGCAGAGCGAGCCACUGCCACCACCGCCACCACCACUGCCACUGCCACCCCCCCCGGCCCCUGAAUCGCCACUGCCACUGCCACCGCCACCACCCCCAGCUGCCCAAUCACCACCGCCACCGCCACCGCCACCACCACUGCCACUGCCCCCGGCCCCACAAUCACCACCAGCUGCCUUGAUCCUGCCCCCCCCUGUGGAGGAGGCUGAGAAGCUGUGCUCUGCCCCUGAGGCAGCUCCCACCAUUUCAAGCGUGAAAUGUGAGAUCAAUAUGGACUUGCAGGGUGCUGUGGCUGCUGCCAAUGCGGCCGCCGAGACCGCUGAGAGGGCUGCCGCUGCUGCCCGCUUGGCUGCAAGCCUUGCACAGGUGAAGAUCACAGAGCUGGUGGCAAGGACCAGCAAUGUCUCCGAGAUGGGAAUCAGAAGGGAUCCUACAGAAGUCCCAGUGGGAUCUCAGAGUGCAGGGGCUUCAUUUGAGGUGAUGCCCAAGUCCGAGGAGAUCCCCAACUCACCAGGCCCCAUCGGCCAUGCGCUGCCUGGUAGCAGCCAGACUCUUCGCUCCAAUUCUCUAGAGGACGACCCCUACUUCUCCUAUCCCAACCUGUUCUCCAGGCAGAACUCAGCGAUCGAACCCUCUUCGGCAGCUCACUCCCCAGGUACAGAUUCUAGGCAUUAG